AAACACUUGAUAUUUUACCAUUUUAUUUGUACCGAAAGGAAUCGGAUUUAGUGUUUACUCAUUGCUAUUACUAUUUUUCGAAUAUUUAUUUUCGGACAUAGACAUGUUAGACAAUUGUACUAAAAGGUGCCCUUUCACAGAUUUGGGUAGACCAUGACUGCGAAUGUGUCUACCAGUGAGAUGUUGUCACGGCAACACAUACUUGAUGACCUGGAUGAGUUCAUCUCAGGUUGCCAGUCCCGGGUCACAGACAUGCUGGAGGUCCUGGGGUGGACGCCUGAACACUUCAUGCAGGAUCGGAGUCGAUGUGUCUGUCCUUACAACAAAAGCCACAGGAUGCCGUCCCAUUGCAUAGUUUCCCAUGCUCCUCUGUGUUCUCUAAUAAGCGAAGGUUACACCAAGUCAGAGGCAAAAGCCAUUUUGGAGGACAGGUCCUACUUCUAUGACAAUGCCAGCUGUGUCUACCAAGUUAAGUUAGAUUUAGAUACAAUGAAUUCUUGGCUAUGGAAUCAUCAUGUUGAAAAUCACUCUGUGUUCUAUGGCUACAAGAAGGUUCCCCAGACGGCUGAGGAGGAGCAGGUCCUUAUGAGCCGAGAAGACCGUCGUGCUGUCGCUGAGUACGUCAUCUUGCGGGCACGCGCCGCCAACAGGUUGAAGGAGGUCGGACGUGAUGAACUGCUUGUCUCAGAGAAUCUGGCAGACCUCAUUAAGAAAGAGAAUGCAGAAAAGCAUGACCUUGACCCUGUGGAAGAAAUGGCAGCCCUGAGGGACUACCGACGCCGACGGCAAACAUACAGGGCCAAAAACGUGCACAUUACCAAGAAGUCACACACCGAGAUCAUGCGUGAAGUGAUUAACAACCAGAUGGAGAUGUACACACAGUCCUUGAUGGAUGAACAAGAUCUGGAAAGGGAUGCAAGAAAUCCGGAAUUUAAAAUACCUAUUCGUAAUGAAUUAGGUUUUACCUACCCUAUGGAAAAUGUUAAACAUGAGCAUAGGUCAAGGUCAAGGACACCUAAUAGCUCAUCAAGGUCAGAAAAGAGGUCAAGGUCACGUUCUAGAAUAAAUUCAAGUGCAAAAGAGUUGGAACCAAAACACAGGAGUAAGUCACCAUCAGCCCAGAGGUCAGGAUCACGACAAAGGUCUAUGCAGAGAUCAAGGUCACCGCAUAGGUCAAGGUCACUUUCUAGGCAAAGGUCACAGAGUACUGAAAGGAAAUCCCACAAAUCCAAGAAGAAAAAGAAACAUAAGGCUCAUAGCCGAUCAAAAAGCCGCGACAGAGGCCAUAAAAAGCACAAGAAACACAAGCACAAGAGAUCCUCUAAAAGCCCUGAGAUCCAGUGACGUGAAAAAUGUUGAAAUGCUUCAUGACUACCUACGCAACGGUCACAUGAUUCUGUAAUCAUUAUUUUACAAUCUGUGGUCAAACUGUUGCACUGUCUUAUCAAUCUGUGGUAAUAUGGUCCAUGAGUGUCCGUUAUAUAUUUAAUGUUGUUUAAUCAUUUGUUAAAUGUUUGGUUAUUGUAUGAUCAUUUAUUUCUAGCUUCAGGAUCAUAGGCUACAUCUUGAUCACAUGAUAUUUGGUUCACGGUCCCACCGUCCCUUUCAGUGUUCAAUGACUGGUCACAAUGUGGAUCAUGUGUGGAAUAGAUCAAAUGGUCAAUGGUCACAAUAUCUGAAAUCUUGUGAUCAUGGGUUCAUGAUUCAAAGUGAUGACACAGGAAAUAACCCAUGUUAGAAUGUGCUGUCUUAUUUAAAGGUUCAGUAAUCUCCCUUUUAUUCAAUAUAUCUGCAAAUCAACUGCCAUACUAUAACAAUUCGUUUUGUAAUGGACGCUUUCUGCUGUGAAGUCAAAAUGAUGAGUAUAUAUUUUUGCAUUUUUGUUUCACUGCAUUGCAAUGUAUAUCUUCUGGUCUUUAAAUGUGUGUGUGUAUUUCGAAGUUUAUGAGGUCCUGUCACCAGCACACCUACCUAAUUUGCUUACUAGACAAACGAAAGUUGGGAAGAAUAUUGAAUCAUAACUGCAACUACCAGCUAUUUAGUUUUUACUGAAAGUUAAUUAAUUUUGGUGUAGUCUUAUGCUGUGGCGGGAAACUGGAGUGCUGCCUGAAGGAAACCCACCUGUCCGGUAUGGUGACCACCUACCAAACCCACAUGCUCCAAAAAGGGGGAUUGAACCCGGGUCGUGCUUUGAGAAGUGAGAGGCGCAUGUAUCAACCACUGCGUUUACUGGACAGCCCUGUUCAAUAAGUAAUCUAUCAGUUUUGUCUAUCAGUGAUAUCAAUUACAAAACAAAUGAACAUUUUAAUUUAACACAUGUUUUGUGCCUUUAUGCCACAUUUGUCCAUGUUAUUGUAUUCUAAAUUGUCAGCAUGUCUAUUCAAAAAUAAAUAUAGUUAUCUUUA